CUUUUUCCUUCCAUUCCACGUUUCCAACAUCGACCUUUCACAGUUAUUUUCCAUUUCAAUUUUAAAAGUUUGUAUUUUUUGAGUGUCUCAGUUGACUAUGAGCAGUGCAACAAUUCAGCCAAAAAAGAAAGCAACAAUGUCAGUCUUGGAUCAGUUGAAAGAAGUUACAACAAUUGUCGCCGAUACGGGUGAUUUUGAAGCAAUCAAGGAAUUUAAGCCAACUGAUGCAACAACAAAUCCAUCAUUAAUUCUUGCUGCAGCCAAGAUUGACAAAUACUCAAAGAUCAUCGAUCAAGCUGUUGAAUAUGGAAUAAAAAAUGCUGACACUAUCGAAGCACAAGUAACCGAGGCUGCUGACCAACUCUUUGUUCUCUUCGGUCGUGAAAUUCUCAACGUCAUCCCAGGCCGUGUCUCAACUGAAGUUGAUGCUCGUCUUUCGUUCGACCGCGAUGCAAGCAUCAAGAAAGCUAUGAAAUUCAUCAAAGCUUAUGAGGCUUUUGGAAUCGAUAAAGACAGAAUUCUAAUUAAGCUUGCAUCAACAUGGGAGGGAAUUGAGGCUGCCAGGAUUUUGGAAAGUGAACAUGGAAUUCAUUGUAAUCUCACAUUGUUGUUUAGUUUUGCACAAGCUGUUGCAUGUGCUGAGGCUAAAGUUACGUUGAUCUCACCAUUUGUUGGACGUAUUUUGGAUUGGUAUAAGAAAAAUAAUGCCGGUGUAACUUAUCAAGGAGAAACAGAUCCAGGCGUUAUUUCAGUUACAAAUAUUUACAACUACUACAAAAAAUUCGGCUACGCAACAACUGUCAUGGGUGCAUCAUUCCGCAAUGCUGGAGAGAUUAAAGAACUUUCUGGCUGUGACUUGCUGACAAUCAGUCCUGCAUUACUAAAGGAACUUGACAGUUCAAGUGAGAAAGUUGCUGUCAAGUUGACACCAGAAAAUGCUAAGCAAUCAAAAGUUGCGAAAAUUUCAAUGAACGAACAGACUUUCCGCUGGAUGUUGAAUGAAGACCAAAUGUCAACUGAGAAAUUAAGCGAAGGAAUAAGGAACUUUGCAGCUGAUUCGAGAAAGUUGGAGACAAUGUUACGCGAGAGAAUUGAGGCAAAGAAUUAGGAAAAAUAUUGAGUUGUUGGACAUCAGAGAAAUUUCUAAAAUUUAUCAUUCCUAUUGGGAUAUCCUUUAGUAUUUGGACCUAAAUUCAUUCCUAUAUUGAUUUGUCAAAAUUUAUAAAAUUGUUGAUAUUGGUGGAAGAAAAAAAUAUGUAACAAAAUCUAAGUGUUAAAAGUCUGAACAUAUUUACGUAAUGCUUUCAUAGCUUUUCAAACAUAAAACUGCUU